AUGUCGUCCUUCUUCACAGCCCCAGGUGCGCACAAGAAGCGCAAAAGGCCGUCUGCACCCGAACAUCCCAAGAAACGUGCGUCGCCGAUAAGUACUUCCAAGCCCAACGGCAAGUCAAAGGGCCCCACCACCACCACAAAGCGAGGCGAUAGAGACGAAUCCGCCUCGGACAGCGAUUCCGAUGACGACCAAAGCUUUGAGGGUGUUUCCGACAAGGGUGACGAUGUGGACGACCGGAGCGAGUCUGAUGAAGAGGAGGAGACAGCUGCAGAGCGCAGAUUGCGGCUAGCAGAACGCUACCUUGAGAAUGUGAAAGAGACGGUGGACGAGGCAGGUUUCGACGCCGCCGAUAUUGACAGGGACCUCAUUGCCGAGCGAUUGCAAGAAGAUGUUGCCGAGGGGAAAGGUCGGGUAUACCGUCAAUUGGCGGCAGAGUUGGACAUUAGCAGCGGGAUCAGGAUAUUUUCUCGAUGCCAGUCCAAGUCGGUCACCGCCAUUGCGUCGACAGCGCCAUACGUCUACACCGUCACGAAGGACUUGUAUCUGCACAAAUGGAGGAUGCAGGACCUGCCGCAACACCAAUUCCCCCAGUCGACGAAACGGAAACCGAAGAAGCCACAAGCCCCUCCGAGGAGAAAGCCCGUCCUGGAGCAGUGGAUCAAGGGUGACUUCAAAAAAUCACGGGAAAGAGGAUACAUGAGGCAUACAGGCCAGAUUCUCGCAGUCGCUGCAUCCUCUGACGGCAAGUUUGUCGUCACAGGUGGUCAAGACAGGAAGCUCAUCAUCUACGACGCCCCCACGCUCAAGCCGCUCAAGGUUUUGACGCAUCACCGCGACGCUAUUACCGGUCUGGCGUUUCGCCGCGGGACGAAUCAGCUCUACAGUUGUGCGCGCGAUCGCACAGUCAAGGUCUGGAGUCUGGACGAGAUGGCCUACAUUGAGACCUUGUUCGGCCACCAGGACGUUGUGGUGGACAUUGAUGCCCUUGCACAAGAACGCUGCGUAAGUGUUGGUGCGCGCGACCGAACGGCACGCCUGUGGAAGGUCAUGGAGGAGACUCAGCUCGUCUUUCGCGGAGGCGCCACGGACAAAAAGUCUGUGCCACCGGGCAUUGACCCGCGUUCCCUCUCCAACGAGGGCAGCAUGGACCGCAUCGCCAUGAUCGACGACGACCUCUUCAUCACCGGCAGUGACAACGGCGCUCUGUGUCUAUGGAGUGUUCAGAAGAAGAAGCCCGUGUACAUCGAGCCCCUGGCCCAUGGACACGACCCAGCCAUGUUACCAUCUGAGGUAUCCGCUUCCAAGAACCCCAAGGAGGAGGAGGUGCCGCCUCCUUCAGCCCGAUGGGUAACGGCGUUGAAAACGAUCCCCUAUUCAGACGUGUUUUUUAGCGGAAGCUGGGAUGGGUACAUUCGCGUAUGGCGGUUGAGCGAUGACAAGAGGAGUUUCGAGUCACUGGGCGUGCUCUCCAACGAUGGAUCCGACAACGGGUCGCUUGUCCCAAACGGAGACGCGCAGCAGACGGGGCCUAUCCAAGGCGUGAUCAACGAUAUCACCCUCUUCGAGCGAGGGGAUAGGGGCAAGGAUGGCGUCUGUGUAGUGGCCGCAGUCGCUCAGGAGCACCGUCUCGGGCGGUGGAGGACGUGGAACAAGGCGAGGAACGGUUGUUUGAUUUUCGAGGUACCUCGCAUGAAGGGCAUCACCACAAAUGGCGUUGACGGGAGUUCAGAGGAUUCGGGCGACGAGUAA